AUGGCAGCAGAUCUAGAAGAGACAGCUGUGGAAUUCCAGGGGUUCUCUUUGGAAAAAGUCAAGACUCAAAAUGCUGAAGAAAACUAUGGAGAUGGACCACAGAGGCAAGAGGAAAACCCCACAGGGGAUGAUCAGAGGAAUAAGGAGGAUGAGGAACUGCAUCAUCUAUUGCGUGAUAAAAUCAAGAAAGAAGAUGUGAGAAGAAAUGUCAAGAUUCAAGGCAGGCUGAAGAGGCAGAAAAGUCACAGAGUGAAGAAGAGGGAUAAAUCCAUUCCUUGCCAGGGGGUGGAUUUCCAAGAAGAAUGCUCAGAGUGUGGGAAGAGGUUCCGUCAGAAUGGCCAUCUUCAAAGUCAUCUCAGAACUCAUACAGGGGAGAAGCCUUUUGAAUGCUCAGAGUGUGGGAAGAGAUUCAGUCAGAGUGCCAGUCAUCAACAGCAUCAAAGAACCCACACAGGGGAGAAGCCUUUUGAAUGCUCAGAGUGUGGGAAGAGAUUCAGCGACAGUAGCAGUCUUCAACAACAUCUAAGAAUCCAUACAGGGGAGAAGCCUUUUGAGUGCUCAGAGUGUGGGAAGAGAUUUAGUCACAGUAGAACUCUUCAAAAUCAUCUCAGAAUCCACACAGGGGAGAAGCCUUUUGAAUGCUCAGAGUGUGGGAAGAGAUUCCGUCAGAAUGGCCAUCUUCAAAGUCAUCUCAGAACUCACACAGGGGAGAAGCCUUUUGAAUGCUCAGAGUGUGGGAAGAGAUUCCGUCGGAGUGGCAUUCUUCAAGUGCAUCAAAGAACCCACACAGGGGAGAAGCCUUUUGAAUGCUCAGAGUGUGGGAAGAGAUUCAGUCACAGUGGCAAUCUUCAACAGCAUCAAAGUACCCAUACAGAGGAGAAGCCUUUUCAGUGCUCAGAGUGUGAGAAGAGAUUCAGUCACAGUAGAACUCUUCAAAAUCAUCUCAGAACCCACACAAUGGAGAAGCCUUUUAAAUGCUCCAAGUGUGGGGAAAGAUUCAGACACAGUAGCAGUCUUCAGUGUCAUUUAAGAAUCCACAAAGGGGAGAAGCCUUUUGAUUGCUCACAGUGUGGGAAGAGAUUCAGCGACAGUAGCAGUCUUCAACAACAUCUAAGAAUCCAUACAGGGGAGAAGCCUUUUGAGUGCUCACAGUGUGGGAAGAGAUUCAGUCACAGUAGAACUCUUCAAAAUCAUCUCAGAAUCCACACAGGGGAGAAGCCUUUUGAAUGCUUAGAGUGUGGGAAGAGAUUCCGUCAGAAUGGCCAUCUUCAAAGUCAUCUCAGAACUCACACAGGGGAUAAGCCUUUUGAAUGCUCAGAGUGUGGGAAGAGAUUCAGUCAGAGUUCCAGUCUUCAACAGCAUCAAAGAACCCACACAGGGGAGAAGCCUUUUAAGUGCUCAGAGUGUGGGAAGAGAUUCAGUCGCAGUGGCCGUCUACACAGUCAUCUCAGAACCCACACAGGGGAGAAGCCUUUUGAAUGCUCAGAGUGUGGGAAGAGAUUCCGUCAGAAUGGCCAUCUUCAAAGUCAUCGAAGAAUGCACACAGGGGAGAAGCCUUUUGAAUGCUCAGAGUGUGGGAAGAGAUUCCGUGACAGUAGCAGUCUUCAAAGACAUCUAAGAAUCCAUACAGGGGAGAAGUCUUUUGAAUGCUCAGACUGUGGGAAGAUAUUCAGUCGAAGUGGCUAUCUUCAACAACAUCAGCGAACCCACACAGGGUAGAAGCCUUUUGAAUGCUCAGAGUGUGGGAAGAGAUUCA